GAAGGAGUUGUGAAAUCAUCACGUCUCUCACCAGCGCAAUUCAAAUUUGGUUUUCAAAUUGAAUAUCUCGUUUCACUUUCCGAUUCAAUCCUGGGCUUUCAUCCACAUGGUGUUCAGGGUCGUGCAUUUGUUGAUGGCUCAAUUACCCAGGAUAUCAACGAUAUUAAUAACAUUUAUCAAGUUGUUGGGAGUGACAAAUUGGUAGUCCUGAAGCGAAGAGAAGCUUCAUCAGCUGCCGAUAUGUGUGAUUUGUGUAUUCUGACCGGGCAUGAAAGCACUCUGGCUGGAUAA